AUGCUGCGGUGCCACGUGGUCGCCGUCCACAUUCCCGGGGCCACCGGCUUCGGUCCCGGCGUCCUGCUGUCCCUCUGCUUCCGAGGCGUCCCCAGGAGAACCCAGGUGGUGCCCGAGGAGCGCAGCCUCACCUGGAAUGAGGAGCUGGUGUGGCCGCUGGACACGUGUCCCCUGAGCGCCACAGACACGCUGAGCCUGCGCUUGCGGCGCUGGGACUGCCCGCUGCCCCAGGGGGACCUGGGUGCCGUCACCGUGUCACUGGGCGAGCUGGUGGCCAACCCAAACCUGCCGAUGGCCGUCAGGGACAUCCCGCUGCUGGACCACCGGGACCUGCCCACGGGGUGCACCGUCACCUUCCGCUGCUACUACGACCCGCCCGGCACGGCCGGCGAUGUCGCUGUCACCGCGCACGGACAGGUGGCACUGCAGCCACCGGCGAUGGCCCCUGCAGACAGGAAAGAGGAUUUCCAGGUCCGGGUGAGGGUCAUCAAGGGCCGCCAGCUGCGGGGCAAGGACAUCAAACCCGUGGUGAAGGUCCAGAUCGGGAAGCGGAAUUUCCGCACCCGCAGCCGGAGCGGGAACAACCCCUACUUCAAUGAGGUGUUUUGCCAGAAUUUCCGCCAGACACCGGAGCAGCUGGUGGCACAGCCCAUCCACAUCCAGGUGCUCCGUUCACCAAACGUCUGCAUCAAACCCAUCAUCGGCGUCUUCGAGCUUGACAUUGGCACCAUCUACUCUGCCCCAGGGCGCAGCCUGAGCGGGAAGUGGCUGAGCCUGCAGCACCCGCGGCGCCGCGACGGCCGCUCCCAGGGCUUGCUGCAGCUCAGCCUGGUGGUGCGCCGAGCAGGAGAGCGCGCCCAGGAGCAGGACAUGCCGGCGGGGGACGAGGAUGUGGAGGCCAACCUGCUGCGGCCACCGCCCUGCGCCACCGCGCUGCAGAUCCGCGUGUUCCGCGCCGAGGACCUGCCACGGGCGGAGCCGGCGCGGCCGUGCCUGGGCGGCACCACGGGCUCGGCCAAGGUGUCGGUGCGGGUCGGCUUUGCGGGCAGGACGCUCUGCACCCGCGGGAUCCUCCCCGAUGCCCGCCCCGAGUGGAACGAGGUUUUGUUCUUCCCCCUGCGGCUGCCUCCGAUCUGUGACGAGAUCGUGCUGGAAAUCCUGCGUGGGUCGUGCCGGAGCAAAGUCCUGGGCAGGGCCACCCUGAGGCUGUCCCAGAUCUCCCGGGACCCCGACGAGCUCGAGGAGGGGACACCCCCCAGAGGGUUCCUGCCCUCCUUCGGGCCCUGCUUCCUGCCCUUCUACGGCCCCCGGCCCGACUCUGCCAGGGACUCGGGGCUGGUUUAUCGAGGCCGGCUGCUGCUGGAGCUCUGCACCCACGUGGGGACCCCGCCCGGGCGUCAGCGUGAAGCCAUCGCGCCCGUGGACAUCGAGCGGGCACAGAGCCGCCUGCCUCGCUGCCAGCUGGGGCUCUGCGGGGUUUUCUACUCGGCCACGAUGGUGCCAGGCGGCCCCGAGCCGCUGAGCCUCGAGCUGGGCAUCGGCAGCGCCGCAGCCGCCACCGCGCAGGGACUGCCCGUGCCCGACGGGAACCUCUACCACCACCUGCCGUGGUUUGGGGACAAACCGGUGGCCGCUGUCACCUCGCUGUGGGAGGACGCCGGGCACCGCUGGGACAGCCUGAACCUCCUGCGAACCCUGUGCCAGCACCUGGAGCGGAACCUGGCCGAGCUGCGGGGACACCGUGGUGACACCGCUGGGGACACCGCUGGGGACAUCAGGGCGAGGCUGCUGCGGGAACUGGCCCAGGACUGCACGGACGCCCUGGCCUGGCUGGAGGUUCAGCCCACCCUGACCACCCUGGACCAGCAGCUCUGCAGCUCCCGGCUCCUGCUCCUGCGGCAGCUGCGGCGCGCGGCCGAGGCCGAUCCCCAGAAAGCGCCGGAGCUGCGCGGGGACGCCUUGGGGACAGUGGCCCGGGGGUGGCUGCGGCGCGUGGCCGCGCUGGCCAUCGAGCCCCAGGCCGGUGUCCCUGACGUGCAGCUGUGGCUGCUGCGGGGCCAGCUGCGGGUGGCCUCGGCUCGUGUCCCCGCCACCGACGUGCUGCACUCGCCACGCGGCCCCAGCGCCUGCGGCCGCCUCUGCAGGAAGGUCCUGAGCCUGUUCCUGGGCUGCGGGGACAUCCAGGCCCAGGUGCGGGUCCAGCUGUGGCUGGGACGAGUGGCCGAGAGCGGGGACCUGGCCCAGCUGCUCGAGGGGACCCUGCGCUUCUACAGCGAGACGUACGAGAACCAGACACGGCUGCUGGGGAAAUGGGGGCCCCGGAAGCUUUUGGGGCGCCCCGCGUUCUCCGACAGCUCCGGCCGGCCGGGGCUCCCCCCGGAGCACAUCCAGCCCCCCAAGGGCUGGCGCUGGGACGGCCCCUGGAGCGUGGAGCGGCCGCGGCGGGUGCUGGCACGGCCGCAGCCCGCGGUGAGCGCGGCGCUGGAGGAGCUGUACGAAAAGCAGAGCCGCGAUCCCGGCGGGGACUGGAGCCCGUCCGGCACAGCCAGCACGGACGGCGUGAGUGGGGACAGAGUGGGGGACAGCGGGGGUGACAUGAGAGUGACGGGGCUCAGCUCUCGCCUGGCUUUGCAGAGAGGAGUGGCGGUGCCACUGAAGGAGGAGGUGGCGUGUCCCCAGGGCUGGCGCGUCGCCAGUGACUGGUACGUGGACACGGAGGGGGACGUGGAUGAGGACGGUUGGCAGUACAGUGUGGGCAUGGAGGAUGGCAGCCCCCCGGCAGAGUGGCACAGCAAGGGACAACACUGCCACACCCUCCGGCGCCGGCGCUGGGUCCGGCUCUGCCACAGGGACAGCGACAGCUGGACGUGGGAACAGGACACGGACACCUUCAGCACCCUGGACCCCGAGGAGCUGUGGGAGGACGAGGCCUGGCAGCCAGAGUGCUUCUGGGGCUGUUCCUUCCAGCCCAAGGUUCCCGCGGGUCCCCGGUGCCGCCGGCGCCGCUGGCAGCGCAGCCUGGUCCCUGCAGAGACCCCAAACGUGGCACCGCUGUUCCUGCUCCAGGGAGUGCCGGACACUGAGGACCUGGUCCAGAACCAUCCAGCUGUGGCCCCACAGCUGCCAGGGAGCUCCUCCCAGACACCCCUGCAGCAGCCACCCCCCUUCAUCCUCUGCACCUUCCAGCGGCCCGGCUGCUUCCAGCUCCGCUGUUACAUCUUCCAGGCACUGGAUCUGGCCCCCGGCAGCGCCAGGACCUCCAUAGAUGCCACCGCGCACGUGUCGUUCGUGUGGCUGAGCCAGCGCACGCGGGCGGUGCGCGGGGCUCUGGACCCGCGGUGGGAGCAGACGCUGCUGUUCCCCCGGGUGCUGCUGUUCGGGGACCCCCGGCGCGUCCUGGAGGAUCCCCCGCCUGUUGUGGUGGAGGUGUGGGACCAGCCGGGACAGGGCUCCGGUGUUUUCCUGGGGAGGUGCGUGUGCACCCCGCCGCUGUGGCUGGACGUGGAGCACCGGGAGCCCCCCCGGCUGCAGCCGCACCCCCUGCAGGGACCGCGGGGCCCGGCCGGGGAGCUGCUGGCCGCCUUCGAGCUCCUGCAGGAGCCCGAGGAUGGGUCCCCGGCUCCGCUCGGCCCCCUGCCCCUGAGGAAGGACGAGUUCGGCAUCCCCCCAGAACUGCGGCCGCGCCUGCAGAGGGUGGCACUGGAGGUGCUGGCCUGGGGGCUGCGGGGGCUGCGCGGGGCCGUGCGGGAGCCGCGCCUGGAGCUGCAGUGGGGGGAGCAGAGCCUGUGGACCCCACCGAUCAAAGACAUCACCGCCAACCCAAACUUCCCCAGCAACGCCUUCAUGCUCACCCUGACGCUGCCCGAGGAGGAGCGAUUUGUGCCGCCCAUCCGGCUGCGCCUCUGGGACCGGGCAGACACCCAGCGGCGACUGCUGCUGGGCCAGGCCAGCGUCAGGGACCUGGGCCGGUACCGCUGCCACCCGCCCCGCCAGGGACAGCUCCUGGGCUCUGGCAAUGCCGGCAAUGGCUCUCAUGCGAUUGUGUCAAUGCCAGACGAGCUCCUUUCCCUGCCCAUCUCCUUCAGCCACUGGAAACGUUGCUGUUCCUUUCUCCUCGCCACAGCCCCAGUCAGGAUGGCUCAGGACCUGCUCAGCUACCUCAGGAACAGCAGGGCUGAGGACAAGGACAAGGAAGACAAGGAGGAGGAGGAGGAGGAGGAAGAGGAGGAGGAGGAGGAAGAGAGGGACUGGUGGAGCAAAUUCUACUCAUCCAUGGAGGAGAAGGGCCCCAAAUCCCCACGGAGAGCCAACAGGGACAGACUAAAGAUCUACAACUGCGAGCUGGAGGCGGUGCCCGAGUUCGAGGGGCUGCAGGAUUUCUGCCAGACCUUCCCCCUCUACAAACCGGGCCGUGCCCCCGCGCCCGGGCAGGAUCCCGAGCCCGUGGGCAGCUUCAAGGGGCUUUUCCGCAUUUACCCCGUGCCCGAGGAGGUCGGAGCGUGUCCCCCACCCCGCUGCUUCCAGCGCCUGCCCCCCAGCGCCCCGCAGGAGUGCCUGGUGCGGGUCUACAUCGUGCGAGCGCUCCACCUGUCCCCCCGCGAUGUCACCGGGCUGAGCGAUCCCUACGUGCGGGUGUCGCUGGGCAGGAAGACGCUGGGACAGCGGGACCAGUACGUGCCCAACACCCUGGAGCCCGUGUUCGGCAGGAUGUUCGAGCUGAUGGCCACCAUCCCGCUGGAGAAGGACCUGCAGGUGACAAUCAUGGACUACGACAAGGUGCCACCGGACCAGGAGAUCGGCAGCACCACCAUCGACCUGGAGAACCGGCUGCUGUCCAACUUCCGUGCGCGCUGCGGGCUGCCCACCCUGUACCGCACCACGGGCCCCACGUGCUGGCGGGACCAGCUGUGCCCCAGCCGGACCCUGGAGCUGCUCACGGAGUCCCGGGGGCUGCCCGGGCCCCUCUUCAACCCCCAGGGCACUGCCCUGACCCUCGACGGGCAGAGCUUCGAGCUGCAGCAAUUCGAGAGGGGUCACUCCCGGCUCCGCCACUCCGGGGAGCCCCGAGAGCGCCUGGCCCUGCACGUGCUGAACCUGUGCGAGCUCGUCCCGGAGCACCUGGAGACGCGGAGCCUGCAGAGCAGCGCCCAGCCCGGGCUGGAGCAGGGCAAGGUGCAAAUGUGGGUGGACAUUUUCCCCACCAGCCUCGGCCCCCCCGGGCCCCCCAUCAACAUCGACCCCCGCAAGGCCGAGGGGUAUGAGCUGCGCUGUGUGGUGUGGAGGGUGCAGGACGCGGACCUGGGGGACGUCAACCUGCUGGGCCAGCGCAUGAGUGACAUCUACGUGACUGGGUGGCUGGACGGGCUCCCCGAGCAGCGGCAGCAGACCGACAUCCACUAUCGCUCCCUGGACGGGAACGGCGCCUUCAACUGGCGCUUCGUGUUCCCCUUCGAGUUCCUGGCGGCCGAGAAGCUCUGCGCCAUCCGCCGCAAGGAGCACGUGUGGAGUUUGGACGAGACGCUGCUGAAGGUGCCGCCCAAACUCAUCCUCCAGGUGUGGGACAAUGACAAGUUCAAGGCGGACGAUCUGCUGGGGAUCCUGGAGCUGGAGCUCACCCGGCUGCGCCAGCCGGCCCCCAGCGCCCGCCUGUGCUGGGUCACACCGCAGGACCUGUCCUGGCUGUCCCGGGCCUGGUGCCGCUCCCCGGCGCUGGAGCGCUCCCCUCUGGACCUGUUCCGCAGGCGGAGGGCUCGGGGAUGGUGGCCCUGCACCAUGCAGGAGGACAGCGGCCAGCGGCUCUCUGGGAAGCUGCAGCUCAGCCUGGAGCUGCUGACAGCGCAGGAAGCCGAGGAGCGGCCGGUGGGGAAGGGUCGAGAGGAGCCCAACAAGCACCCAACGCUGCCCAAGCCCAAGCGCCCCAAGUCCUCGUUCCUGUGGCUGCGCUCCCCGCUGAGGCUGAUGCGCCACGGCAUCCGCUGGCGCUACCUGCUCUGGAUCGGCCUGGGGCUGGUGGCCUUCCUGCUGCUCCUGGUGCUCCUCCAUUCCUUAUUCCAGAGAUCCUCUCUGACCGUGAAGAUGCCUGACCCGCGCCAGUUCCUGCAUUACUUCAGCAAGGAGCAGCCGGCCACGGAGCAUCCCUCGAGUGGGAGUGGGGCAAAAAGCUGAGGAGCGACCCCAGCUCCCCGUUUGCUCGGCUCUGAACCCCCUCCCCGAGCUGCUCCCCCUCUCCUCAGUGGGUUCUCCAGCCAGGAGGGGAUGGCCCCGCUGCAGAGCUGCUGUCCCGACAGCAGUGCCGAGGGAGCUGCCCAUCGAUGUUCCCUUUUGAACAAAGUCGUGUCCGAGCACCUCCAAAGCAUCGUCCCUGUCUCUGUGGGCUGGGGAGGGACACGGGCACCAGUCGGGGAGCAGAUCCGCAGCCCCAGCCCCGAUCCCAAAUUCAGCCCUAACUCCAGCUCCACCCCAGCCCCUAUUCCAGUCACAGGUUCGGCUGCAGCUUCUGAACUCAGCCCCAGUGCCACUGCCCUGACCCCAACACCGUCAUCAACCCUCACCUAAUGCCA